CACUUCGGACUUGGGAGUGGCUCUCUCCUUCCCUGGUGCUUAUAAACUUCAGCCUCAAGGCUCCAGAUCCGUUCGCUGCAUCCCAUCUUCUUUCCCCGGUCACUCUGUGUGGACAUCAGCUCCUGCCUUGGCAUACUAAUGGCAGCAGAGCCCCUGACUGAUCUGGAGGCGGCCAUCGAGACCGUGGUCACUACUUUCUUCACCUUUGCAGGGCGGGAAGGACGGAAAGGCAGCCUGAGUAUCAAUGAAUUUAAGGAACUGGUCACUGAGCAGUUGCCUCAUUUGCUCAAGGACGUGGGCUCUCUAGACGAAAAGAUGAAGAGUUUAGAUGUGAAUCAGGACUCAGAGCUGAAGUUCAAUGAGUACUGGAGACUGAUUGGGGAGCUGGCAAAGGAGAUCCGAAAGGAGAUCCGGAAGAAGUGAAGCCUGCUGUCGGAAUGUGGGCAGUAGAGCCUGCUGGGCAGGGCAGGCUGCACUCCAUUCCCCCAAAUAAAGCUUUCUCCAUGAAACA